AUGGAGGAGGACAUGUCCUACUUUGUCGUCUACGCCUGGAUGGAGAAUCCGGACGAAAUUCCGAAGGAAGUGACGCUCGACAUCCCCGAACCGCCCGCGCUCGGCCUGCCGGGCCAGCUGGCGGACGGCCUCAUCGACGUGUUCGACGACUACCUCGACUCUGACAACCCCAACCCACCGGAGCUGCUCAGCCACACUGUCCUCAUUCACCUCGACUCGUUGCUGAUCUUGCCCCCGCAUCAAGGCAACUCUUCCAGGCGCGGCCGUCGGAGUGAUAGGGUCCAGGCCUAUCGCUUCUGCUGGGCCAGGAGACGCUUGGAUGGCACGGCGGACAUCGUUGAGGAGAUGCAGCCUUCCGUCUUCAUGAGGUUGGGUUGCUCUGGCGAUCUGGGCUGCCACCGGGAAGUCUCGGCCCAGCUCGCCUCGACACGCGCGCCAUCCCCUUCGGUGGGGGAAUCUUUCCGCUCCUCCGACGCUGCCCUGCUGCCCCCGCCGUACGUCCCUGUUAUGCUGCCGCUCCCUGAGGCCUCCGCGCAGGCCGACCUCCCGCCGGUCGUGCCCGCGCCCUCGCCGGCUCCAGCUCCCCCGCUGGCUCCAGCGGCGCCGGCUCCUUCGCCGAUCCUGGUUCCCGUCGUCCUGCUGCCGGAACCAACCGCGCUGGUGGAUCCACCUGCGCCGGUGGUGCGAGCUGCGGCACCGCCUCCCACUCCCGUCGUGGUGCCUCACAUGGUGCCCCAUGAGUCUGCUGCACCGCCUCUCGCCCCUGCCGUGGUGGCCGACGUGGCUGCCACAGCUGCGACCCUAGCCGGCUCCCCCUCGCUCGCCGACUUCCUCCAUAGGGUGGCUGAGGCCGUGACGCCGGGCCUGCUGCAGCUCGCUCGCCCCGCCGCUGGGCCUGUGCCACCGAGAAAGAGCAAGAAGCCCUCCCCCAAGCCAGUCCGUCGAAGCUGCCGUCUUGCGAGCAAGAAGCUGCCAGCCUUCGAUGAUGUGUUGUCAAGGGUCAAACGUCUGAUUUGCAAGAAGCUGGGCGUGAUAUUUGACGAGGCUGCCUCCGACGACGCUGCCAUGUUGUCUCGGUAUGCCGCCUCGUUCGAGAAGCCUCUCUCUGAGGUGCAGAUUGCGGCUCUCACGGCCCUGGCGCAGCGCGGAGCUGAGAAGACCAAGAAGGCGUGGGUGCCGGCCGUGGAUCGUUCGUCUGACUACAAUUUCUGGGUGGUGAAUAUUUAUGGCCCUCAAGGCACUCAAGAGAAGAGGAACUUUCUUGCUUUGCUGCGUCAGUUCGUCCUCCCUAUAACGCUGCCCCUCCUGCUCGCCGGGGAUUUUAAUCUAAUUGCGAGAGCUGCUGACAAAAACAACACCAACAUUAAUCGCGGCCUUCUCAAUGCCUUCAGGAAGUUUAUCAGCGAUCACGCUCUUCAGGAGAUGCGGUUCCAUUUUGAAAAAAUUUGGGUUCAUCGGGAGGGCUUUUUGGAGACUGUUGCUGCUGCCUGGUCUGCUGUGCCUCUGGAGCCGAAUGCCUACGCUACUUUGCAUCUGAAAUUGUCUGAAGUUGCCAAGGCUCUGUCUCGUUGGAGCACUAAUUUCAGGGCUGACCUGAAUUUGCAAUCUGUGAUUAUUAAUGAAAUGGUCUUCAUGUUGGACAAGGCUGGGGAUGCGAGGCCCCUAUCGGCUGAUGAGCUUGUGUUCCGCCGCCAUCUGAAGCUUCUUCUUCUGGGAAUUGCCUCGCUGGAGCGAUCCAUUUGGCGGCAACGCUCUCGAUUCCUAUGGAUCAAGCACGGGGAUGCUAAUACUAAACUCUUUCACUCCAAGGCUUCCGCGAGGAGGCGUCGAAAUUUUAUUCCGGCUCUUGUCAGCGGCGACAUGAGGAUUUGUGACCCCGAGGAAAAGAUCACUAUGCUGCACUCUCAUUUCAAUGCCAUCCUCGACUGUUCUGAACCACGUUUGCGCUCUUUGAAUCUCGAUGAGCUGCAGCUUCCGAAUGACGACCUGCAUGAUCUCGUGCUUUCCUUCCAACCUGAGGAGGUGAGAAAGGUUAUCAUGGACCUGAAUCCGGACAAGGCGCCCGGGCCCGACGGGUUCACUGCUAAAUUCUUUCAAACCUGUUGGCACAUCAUUCACCUUGACAUUUUGGCGGCGUUGCAACUAUUCUGGGAAGGAAAUGGUCAGGAUUUUCAGUUUCUGAACUCGGCGUCGACGGUCCUCCUGUCCAAGUCGGAAGAGGCUUGCUCCCCUGCUCACUUCAGACCGAUAAGUCUCAUUCACAGCUUCGUCAAACUCGUCGUCAAGCUGCUCGCGCUUCGUCUGAGGCCCCACAUGCCUCUUCUUGUUAGCCCUUGCCAGAGUGCUUUUAUUCAUGGGAGGAGUAUUCAUGAUAACUUCUCCUAUGUUAACACCUCGAUCAGGAGACUGCACAGCUUGGGUUAUGCUGCCAUCAUGCUGAAAUUGGACAUCUCUAAAGCUUUUGACUCCGUUUCAUGGGAUUUCUUGCUGCAUCUCCUCCAGCACCUUGGGUUCCCUGCCCGAUGGCGUCUAUGGCUUUGUGUGCUGCUUCGUUCGGCCUCCACCAGAAUUGUGGUCAAUCAGCAGCUGUCGGAUUUUAUUUGGCACCGGCGAGGCCUCCAGCAGGGCGACCCCCUCUCGCCGCUGCUCUUUGUGCUAGUCAUGGAUUGUCUUAGGGCACUGAUUAUGGCUGCAGAAGGUUUUGGGCUCUUGCUCCCGAUUGGACGGCCUCCUAUUGCUUCAAGAUUGUCUUUAUUUGCGGAUGAUGCCGUCAUGUUCAUCAACAACUCUCCUAACGAAGCAACCCACGCUGCUGCCAUUAUUGGUUUGUUUGGUGAUACGACUGGUCUUCAUGUUAAUUUGGCAAAAAGCUCCAUCUUUCCGAUCCGUUGCCCGGGGCCGGAUGAGCUCCAGAAUAUCGUUGCUGCGCUGCCGUGUGCCCUCAAUUCAUUUCCGUGUUCUUAUUUGGGCAUGCCACUCUCCGCUUCCAGGCUGCGAAGGGCUGAUUUUCAGCCGCUCAUUGACAAGGUUGCGAAGAAGCUCAGCGGGUGGAACGGGCAGUUUCGCUCAUCGGCUGGCAAGCUCACCCUGGUCACCUUUGUCCUCUCAGCUAUCCCGACCUAUCACAUGAUCGCGAUUCAUCAACUGGCGUGGGUUAUUAAGCAGAUUGAUAAGUUGAGAAGAUCUUUCCUAUGGUCCGGCACCGAUCACUGCUCUGGGGCUAAAUGCCUUGUCGCUUGGAGGAAGGUUUGUGUUCCAAGACAAUUUGGGGGCCUUGGCAUCCAGGACCUCGCCUUGCAUGGCCGUGCUCUCCGUGUUCGUUGGCUAUGGCUUGGGUGGGGUGGGGCUGACCCGCUCCGCUUCCGCUUCUUUGCGAAGGACAGCUGUUCCAGGCCGGGACUGUUUUCAAGCUUGGGAACGGUCGAAGAUGCUCCUUCUGGCACGACCCUUGGGCUGAUGGCGCCUCUCUCAAAGAGUUGUUUCCGACGGUUUUCGCUCAUUCUAAUGGCAGGAUGCUCUCGGUGGAUUGCCGCUAUCAAGAGAGACCCGAGCCCGAAAGUUCUUGUCGAUUUCGUCAGGCUUUGGCAGAAGCUGCAGCUCGUCGUCCUCUCUGACGAUGAGGAUGAGAUUAGGUGGAAGUUCUCGGCUUCUGGAGCUUAUUCAGCUGCCUCCGCGUACAGAAUUCAAUUCCAUGGCCGCACGCGGUCCUCAUUUGCAAAUGUGCUAUGGAAGCCUCGGAUCCCUCCCAAGAUCAAGUUCUUUGCGUGGAUUGCUUCUCAAGGGAGAUGUCUCACUGCUGAUCGGCUGGCCAUCCAAGGUAUCCUGCAUGAUCCGCUCUGUCCUUUCUGCCGUGUUGUCAAUGAGACGGCGCCGCAUAUCCUUCUUGACUGCCCCUUCGCGCGGGGUUUCUGUGCCUCCCUCGCCGUCAAGCUGCACUUCCAGUUCGCCGCCCCUUCGCAGCCUGACGCUGCUUCGUUGUCUUGGUGGCAGAGGGCCUCGGCUUUGCUGCCCUCCGCCGCUGCCAGGGAGCGUCUCAACUCCUUCGUCAUGCUUGCCUGGCGGUUCCUUUGGCUCGAGAGGAACGCAAGAGUUUUUCAAAAUCGCAGUAGAAGCCUUGCCCAAUUGAGUGAUGCCGCCUUCGACAAGCUCUUGGCCUGGAAGAGGGCCGGUUGUAAGGGUGUUGUUGAUUUAGGAUGA